GCAGCCGCCAUUUUCGGAGCGGAAGGAGGAAGAGCAGAGAGAAAACAUUCAACUCCUCAAGUCUAAAUCCUCCUGAAAUCUCGAACCUGUGUGAUGGAGGUCCCCGGGCCGGACAGCGACUGGAGGAGUCCUCAGUUCCGACAGAAAGUCGUCGCUCAGAUUGAGGACGCGAUGAGGAAGGCAGGAACUGCACACACCAAGUCCAGUAACGACAUGGAGAACCAUGUUUACGUUAAAGCCAAAUCCAGAGAGGAGUAUUUAUCUCUGGUGGCGAGGCUGAUCAUUCACUUCAGAGACAUCCAUAAGAAGACUCUGGGAGGACCAGAUCCCAUGAAUGCCCUGACUAACCUGACAGGGGUUGGAGGGGGCCCGGGCGCCAUUGGCAUGGGGCCUCGCCCCACCGGUGCUCCAGUGGGUGGCAUGGGGGCCAUGGGGCAGAUGCAGAUAGGCCAGCAUGCCAUGGCAGGGGUGGCUGGAAACCCACAAGCCAUAGGGGGUCCAGGCCAGAUGCCGAUGCAGCAGAUGGUGCAGGCGCAGCAGCAGCAGCAGUCCAUGCAGUUCCAGCAGUUUCAGCAGGCCCAGCAGCAGCAGCAGCAGCAGAACGCCAUGCAGCAGCAGCAGCAGCAGCAGCAACAGCAGCAGCAGCAGCAGCAGAACGCCGCCAUCCAGCAGCAGUUCCAGGUGCAGCAGCAGCUGAGGGCGCAGCAGAUGCAGCAGCAGCACCACCAGAAUCAGCAACUUCAGCAGCAGCACCAGAACCAGCAGCAGCAGCAGGCCCAGAACCAGCAGCAGCAGAACCAGAUGCACCAGACGAGGAUUCAGCAGCAGCAGAUGGUUCAGCUGCAGCUCCAGCAGCAGCAGGCUCAGGCUCAUGCCCAGGCUCAAGCUCAGGCUCAGGCCCAAGCCCAGGCCCAGGCUCAGGCCCAGGCUCAGGCCCAGUCCAUCCAGCACAUGGUUCAACAGCAGCAGCAGGUUCAGGCCCAGACUCAGCCUCAGCCAGGUCAGAUGCCUCCACACUCUCAGCAGCAGCAGCAGCCCGGCAUGGUGCCUCAGUCUCUGGCCGGACCAAUGACGUCGGCUCAGCAUGUUCCCAUCAACUCGCUCAGUCAGCAGCAACAGCAGCACCAGCUCAAGAUCCAGGCCUUCCAGCAGGCCCGUGCAGCCUUGCAGCAGCAGCAGCAGGUCCAGCAGGCGCAGCAAGCAGCCCAGCAAGCUGCAGCUCAGGCGCAGCUCAACGCAGCCGCUGCAGCCGCCGCCGCCGUACCUGGACAGGUGAGACUGCAGCCACCUCAAGCUCAGUUGGUUCGCCCUGGGAUGCAGAUUCCUCCCCGGCUGCCUCGGCCUCCCCUCAAUCCCUCCAUCCCUCCUCCAAACGCUGCUGCUGCCGCUGCUGCUGCUGCUGCCGCCGCCGCUGCAGCUGCUGCGGUGGGAGGACAGCCAAUGACACAGCAGGUACAGCAGCAUUCCAUGAUGUCAUCACCUUCACCUGUACAGGUGCAGACGCCACAGUCCAUGCCUCCGCCCCCCCAGCCGUCACCUCAGCCCCCCACCUCACAGCCCAACUCAGCCAGCUCCGGUCCCACUCCGUCUCCGGGAGGUUUCCAGCCCAGCCCCUCCCCUCAGCCCUCACAGAGCCCCGCCAACGCCCGGACCCCCCAGAACUAUGGAGUCCCCUCUCCUGGACCGCUCAAUACUCCAGGUAACCCCAGCUCAGUGAUGAGUCCGGCUGGAGCCACGUCUCUGGAGGACCAGCAGUACAUGGAGAAACUCAAACAGCUGUCCAAAUACAUCGAACCUCUGCGCAGGAUGAUCAACAAGAUCGACAAGAACGAAGACAGAAAGAAGGACCUGAGCAAGAUGAAGAGUCUGUUGAACAUCCUGACUGAUCCAAACACCAGGUGUCCCCUGAAGACGCUGCAGAAGUGUGAAAUCGCUUUAGAGAAGCUGAAGAACGACAUGGCCGUGCCGACCCCCCCGCCCCCCCCAGUGGCCACCAAGCAGCAGUACCUGUGUCAGCCGCUGCUGGACGCCGUCAUGGCCAACAUCCGCUCUCCAGUCUUCAACCACUCUCUGUACCGAACCUUCGCCCCCGCCAUGACCGCCAUCCACGGACCCCCCAUCACGGGUCCCAACGUCUCUGGGAGGAAGAGGAAGCACGAGGAGGACGAGCGGCAGACCAUCCCCAACAUCCUGCAGGGAGAGGUGGCUCGCCUCGACGUCAAGUUCCUCGUCAACCUGGAUCCUUCGUUCUGCAGCAACAACGGCACCGUGCACCUCGUCUGCAAACUGGAUGAUAAGAACCUCCCCAGUGUUCCUCCGCUGCAGCUCAGCGUUCCUGCUGAUUAUCCUGACCAGAGUCCGUACUGGGCCGACGACGGGGAUCAGUACGGUGCGAACAGCUUCCUGCAGACGGUGCACAGAAACAUGACGUCCAAACUGCUGCAGCUUCCUGACAAACACUCAGUGACGGAGCUGCUCAACACCUGGGCUCAGAGCGUCCGCCAGGCCUGUCUGUCUGCUGCCUGAAGCCCCGCCCACCACCUGACUGCACCCGCUGCACACACAGUAACACACACACACACACAGACACUACAGUCUGAUCUGACACUUUCACCUGUUUCCUGUUGGACUUCUGUCAUUCAUACAGAGCAGCUGCUGUGCCCCACGCUCAUCUUAGUCCCUGAACGCCCCUUCAGGUGGGCUGAUAUCAUGUGAUCUGAUGCGUUCAGGCGUCUCACUGACAGAGCAGAUUUUAGCAGAAGCAGCUUGUACAUAAUAUGAACUGUGUGUUAGAAGGAACCAAACAUCUGAACUGUCAUUUAUCCUGACCGAUAUUCUGCUCCCUGAACGCAUCACACUCUGCUUCUGUUUGUUGUUUAGUUUCAUGAGUUUCUGUUUGACAUGUGAGUUCAGUUUGGGACCACAGAAGAAGAACUCUAACUCUGCUUUUCAAACUGAAAAUAUAAAUGUUUUGUUUUUUUGCUAUCAUAAAUAAAAACUGUUCAUUUAAA